AUGGCAGAGGCGCGGCCGGGGGCGCCGACGGGGCUGCAGCUGAGCGCGCUGCCCGACCACUCGCCGCUGCUGCAGCCGAGCCUGGCCGAGCUGCGGCGCCGGGCGCGGGCGCUGGGCGCUCUCCCCGCGCCGCCGCCGCCCACCGACCCUUUUCUGCUGCGCUUCCUGCGCGCCCGGGACUUCGACCUCGACCUAGCCUGGCGGUUACUAAAAAACUAUUAUAAGUGGAGAGCAGAAUGUCCUGAAAUAAGUGCAGAUCUCCACCCCAGAAGUAUUCUUGGCCUUCUGAGGGCUGGCUACGUUGGAGUCCUGAGAGACAGAGACCCCACCGGCAGCAAAGUUCUCAUUUACAGAAUCGCACACUGGGACCCAAAAGUGUUUACAGUUUAUGAUGUAUUCCGUUUAAGUCUAAUCACAUCCGAGCUUAUUGUACAGGAGGUCGAGACCCAACGGAACGGAAUCAAGGCUGUCUUUGAUCUGGAAGGCUGGCAUUUUUCUCAUGCUUUUCAAAUUACCCCAUCUGUAGCCAAGAAGAUUGCUGCUGUCCUUACAGAUUCCUUUCCAUUAAAAGUUCGUGGUAUCCAUUUGAUAAAUGAGCCAAUAAUUUUUCAUGCUGUCUUUUCCAUGAUUAAACCAUUCCUGACUGAAAAAAUUAAGGAACGGAUUCAUAUGCAUGGGGCCAAUUUCAAACAAAGCUUACUUCAGCAUUUCCCAGACAUUCUUCCUCUGGAAUAUGGUGGUGAAGAAUUCUCCAUGGAGGAUGUUUGUCAAGAGUGGACAGAUUUUAUAAUGAAGUCUGAAAAUUAUCUCAGCAGUAUUUCACAGACCAUUCAAUGAGAAGAACUUGUUUAAUGUGAAUGCCUUGCUAAUUAAAAAUACAUAUGAGUGAGAUCCUCCUACCUCAUUACAUGAACAACAAAAAAAUCUUUUUAAGUAAUUUGUGCUCUGAUUGAUCUUUUGUAAAACUCUUCUGACACGAGCAUCAUGGGUAUUUAGGAAACUACUUUUUAAAUGCAUUUUCUAUAUCUUGAAAGUAACUAUAUGUUAAUAUACUUAAAAGCAUAGAAGAUAUUUCCUGAUUUUUACACUUGAAAGUUAUCUCUAAAGUAGCUAUUCAUGUGUGCCUUUAAACAAGUCCUCUGACUACAUUGGUUUACAAACAAAUGUAUAAAUAGCCAAUGAAAAGAACUAUUAGCACAAAUGAACUGAUGAUAAAAAUUUAUUAGCAGUCAUUUUGAGUGGGUGUCAGAUUAGACUAUAAUUCCGAUUAAAAUCUGAAUGUAGUUUUACUAUAUUUACUUUUCUGUGGGCCAGCAAGAUUGUUCAUCUCAGGGAAAUUCUAUUUUAGCAUAUUUGCACAAUAGAAGCUGUUGAUGGGAGAGUCUAGAUGUCAUAAAUUAUUGUAUGUAGCACCUAUAGGCCUCCCUGAAAUGACUCAUGGUGAUACAAAUUGAUAACCAAAAAUAAUUUUGGAAACAUUUCAGGCAGAGUUAAUGGCUUCUUAAUACUGUGUCUGCAUUUUCAAACAAAUCAAGAAUGUGAUUUUGACUUCUGUUUUUGGUUAUUCUUAUGAUCGCAUAGAUAUUUAGAGAUAUAAUAAUUAGUUGUUGUAUACAUAAACUCUGUUUUUAAUGGAACAAUAACACAAUUACAAAAGGAAAAGGGUAUGUUUACAUUUUAAAAACCACUGUCAAAUACAUCUGGAACUUUUAAGAUUAUGCAUGAAAUAAUUUGAGUUUUAUUAUUAUAUCAGACUAUCAUAGCCAACUCCUACAAUUCACAUUUACUUAAAAAAAAUCAGUAGUUAAAAUGUGCUGUUUGUACUGUAGCUUAUGAUAAAGAAUAUUUCAUGUAUUGAGAACCAUAUAAAGGUAUGGCUUACAAUUGAUGACAGUGUUUAUAGUGUUUUAUAAUUUUUAAGUUUUAUGUUAAACUGGAAAAUUAAAGAACACAGUGUGCAAAAUUUGAUAGGCAUUUGUUCAGACUGGUUGGGUUUCAACAUAAAUCAUCCAAUGGUAUCUCUGUGAAAGGGUGUGUAAAGGGUGCUUUUCUUUAUAAGAAAAUUAUUCUGAUCAGGUGAGCUGAUACUUAUGAUUCUUUGUACAUAUAUCUAUGAUGAAAUUGAGAAUAAUUGUGACUGUUCUUUAGAGAACGUGUUUUAUUUUGGUUUAGCAUUGGGAAGCUAAUUUUACAUGGUAAUUUUUAUUUAAAAAAUCAGAUGGUGCCUAUUUACAAUUGUAUAACUCAAAAAUAACAAUAAAACCAUUUAAAAGGAGUAAACAACAGCAACAAGCUCUGGUUUACCCAACUUUUAUUCCUAGAAAGAGGUUUACAUAACAAAGUUUCUUUUCAUUUGCACUUGGGUACUUAAAAUACUUCCACCUGGCUUUGUGGAGUGAUUGUGUGAGCACAUGAAUAAUGGAUGACAUUUUAAAAUGUCUUUUAAGUGUGAUUCAUUAGUGAUGUUUUUAACAACAAAUAAGAGGACAUUUCAUGAUGGGACUUUGAAAUUUGUAUAAAAUGCAGCAAUUCACUGAAGAACGCUAGAUGAACAAUGUGAAAUUAGCAGGCAAUUUUAUAAGGUGGCAAGAUAAGUAGCUAUCAAACUGUCUAUAUUACUUAACUGUAAUUGAACCAGAAGUGCCUUUUAAAGAUGAUUUCUAACACAUGAUUAUGGUGUUACUGAACUGCACAAUAAUUUGUUUUAUUAUUGUUCAAAAGAAAAUAAAGAUCUUUCACAUAAA